UAUUUGUCAGCAGCUGCCGCAUCGCUUACUAAGCAGGCAUGAGUACGACGGCUAAUUUUACCGCCAGCAGCCAUCGUGCGCACGAUCUUUAGUACGUCAAAGUAGCAAAAUCCUCAGAAACGGCUCCCCGGCACCAAGGUAUCAUAACAUUUCUUCAACGCAAAUAAGGCAAAAAACAAAGUUUUGUUUUUUUUUCGCGAACAUAAUAUUUCGACAAGGUAUGACGGAGUUUAAGUCAGACAACGUCCUUCGGGCAGAAAGAACUGGCGUGCCUCCCUUAAAAAGACAGAUCUGUCAGUAUGCAGGAGCAGGAUCUGUACAAUGCAGAAGAGGGCAGCGCUGAGGACCAGCGGGGGGUUUGGGGUGGCAGCGCUGACGGAGAGCCAGACAGAGAGCUGCGUGUCCCGGGGAAAGCGGAGCGACACGGCAGACAGAGCAGGACAAAGAUCGCAGAAGAGAAACGCCUAAAAGAAAAAAAACGAGUCACUCCGCCACCCUCCACGUUCCAGCGCUUCUCGGUGGACACCAAUGAGUCUCUGCACUUCGAGCCUUACAUCCCGUCAGACGAGGAUGAGCCGCGAUCACCCAGCUUCAGGGGAGCAACGGUGUUCAGCGACGAGGUUUUCGAGGAAGAGGGUGAAACGGAGGAGGGGCCACCGACGGAAGAUGCGGGUGGGAGCAGGGUGGACCUUAAAGAGGGGCUCGGGGGACACAGUGAAAGAGACCCCCCCGACGUCUUCUGCAUGGACUGCAAGGUGCCCACCCAGGCUUCCCAGAAGCUGUUUGGACCUCACAAGGACCAUCGGGUGAUCCAGAUAUCCAGAGCGGCAGACGAAGUCAAGGAAGACCUUCAGAAGGGAAUGCACAAGCUGGAGGAGCAGAUUGGCCUGAUGGAGAACUUUGCAAGCCACUUGGAGGAGAUAUUCAUCACUGUAGAAGAGAACUUUGGCAGGCAGGAGCAGAACCUGGAGCAGCACUACAACGACGUGCUGCAGGCCCUGUCCCAGCGCAACGAGCAGGGGGCCGCCCAGCUCCAGGACGACAAGAAGCUGAAGCUGGAGGCCUUGUACACACAGCUGCUGGAGUGUGGAAAAACCCUGGACGUGUCCAAGGAGCUGAUAGAGGAGGCACAGCAGAUCUACAGGGACGAGGACAAGACAGCAUUCCUGCAGGCUGUCACACCUGCAUUACGGAGCAGAAUAGAAGAAUUGUCCCAAGAUGAGUCAGAAAUCAAGCUGUCAUCCUCCAUGGACUUUGAAAAUACUCCAGUGGAUUUCUCAGAUGUUAAGCAAAUGAUGGAUUCAGUCAAUAUUCUCCCAGCCCCCUCAGCCCCCGUCAUCAAUCCCCAGGUCCCCAACUCAGCCUCAAGCACGUCGGCGCGUGUGUGCUGGAGCCUGUUCUCCAAUGACACUGUGGAUUUCUACGACCUGCAUUACCAUCCUGUGCUGGAUGAUGCAACGUUCACCGGCCUGCAGGCCCCAGACGCGUUGGAGAUCAGGGUAAAGGAGACGUACUGCACCGUGACGGAGCUGCUGCCCAACGCACAGUACGAGUUCUGGGUGACGGCGACAAACACCACAGGCGUGAGCCCCGCCAGCGAGAAGGCUGUGUACAUGACGGUACCCUCGCCUCCCAUCAUUAAGCCACGGGAGUGCGCCAGCUGUCCCGAAGCGGCGCUGAUCCGCUGGGAGUCCGGCAACGCCAACCCUGUGGACUCCUACACCAUGGAGCUGAGCGAGAUCGGGGCUGAGGGAGGCGCCAACGCCGUGACCGAGUCCAUAGUGGCCGUCCCCACCUGCGAGUGCCUUGUCCAACUGCAGCCAGGUCGGCACUACUCCAUCUGCGUCAGGGCCGUGAAUAUCGGGGGUCCCAGUGAGCGCAGUGAGCCCAUCAUCAUCCAAACCACAGGCACAUCCUUCCACCUGUUGGAAGACACUGCCCAUCCCUGCCUGUCCAUCUCCAGCGAUGGCCUCACCAUGUUCUACACCGACGAAGACUUACCCCUCAGCGGCAUGGUUUUCAGCGACAAUACCUUUGCCCGGUGCGUGGCGGUGCUGGGAGAGCUGAUCCCCGUCCGAGGGAAGCACUACUGGGAGGUGGAAGUGGAGGACAGGACAGAGUUCAGGAUUGGCGUGGCGUAUGAAGACACCCAGAGGAACGGCUUCUUGGGGGGGAACAGCACCUCCUGGUGCAUGCGCCAUGUUAUCACACCUUCCAGGCACAAGUAUGAGUUCCUGCACAAUGGCUGGACCCCCGAAAUCCGGAUUACGGUUCAUCCCAAGCGGGUCGGUGUCCUGCUGGACUACGAUGCGGGGAAGCUGUCCUUCUUCAAUGCACACCUGGCCCAGCACCUCUACACCUUCCAGUGCCGCUUCCUGCACCACGUGCAUCCCUGCUUUGCUUUGGACAACCCAGGCGCUCUCGCGCUCCACAACAGCAUCGCUGCUCCUGCUUACACAAUGUUUAACUGAUCUCAGCCUCUGUCUGCCUCAGCGUGGCAUAGACAUCUGCAAAUAAAUGCCCGAUGCUUUUUCUCAAGGCGGGACGUUCAGGAAUCCAAACCAAGGACAUACUAAAAGUUUUUAGCUUGAAUUUCAAACCUCACAGGUACUUUGGUCAUUAGAUGACCAAAAUAGUCCACAUCUGUGUUUAUUAUGGUGUUAACAGAGCUGAAUUAGAGCCCAGUGUGUCCCCGAAUAACCUUAAUUCUAAUAUUGCCUUGGCUUUAUCUAGGUUACCUCUUCUUAAACAAUAAAAUAAUAAUCCAAAUUGAUGUUUUGACAUCAAUAAAAGUCUGAUACCAGCUUUUUCACAACUAUUUAUUAAAAGGUUUCAGCUACGCCAGUUAUUAAAGAAAUAAAGGGAUAUUCUGUACAUAGGCUACGCAAAUCUUUGUGUUUCUCAGACUACUCCAUAUAAAGACUGGAGGAAAAAUAAAAGGUGAAUAGUGUGAUAGACUGUAAAACAUAAAGCGAACUGGAACCAUUACUGGUGAUAUUAACCCUGAUCACUGGUGCUCUCACUACUAAGGACCCAGGUUAAUGGAUUGAGCCCAAAAAUGCAGAAUAGCUACCAGAUGGUCAUCUAAAGCAGUAGCUAUAAUUUAGGUUUGCGUCAUGUAAGAUUUUUUUCAUCCACUGGCAAACACAUGGAUUAUUCUCGUCAAAAUAAACAGCAAAGAAAACUGACGCCACUGUAAAUAGAUUGGAUGACCCGUCAAUACCUCUUACCAUGUACUGUAACGCUGAUCAGCGAAUACAACCCGAGAUAAACGGCAACAUAUCUCCCCCUUAAGUUUGAGGCCGGUAGUGUCACCCAGUCACUCGUUUGUCUCCAUCGUGGUGCAUUUAGUUUAGAUACUUGUGCUAGAAUGCCACUUUACACCAAGUCAAAUCUCAGAUUGGCCAAUUUAUAUGUAGCAGCUUAAUAACAUUAACAACAAAUUUUAUAUUUGCAUAUCCCGCUUGAAUAUUCUUUUUUUACCCUCACAUUAAAUUACGGUGCUAAUCAAAACGUGAUUACCGGUGUGAUGCGCCUUUGGCAGUAUCUGAUAGAUCGUGGCUGAACUUCACCUGCCUAUGAUCUCAGUAUUAGCAAUGUUGCAGUCAAUGAACAUGCAGUUAUUUAACAUGUACUUAUGAUUAAAGAAAAACCGCGAAAACAGAA